AUGUAUCCGGGCCACCGCGGUAUGGGCGGCGUCCCCCCUGGCAACGGCGCCGCCCGUGUGAACGAGCUCCUCGACCAGAUCCGUGCCGAGGUCGAGGCGUACGCUCGACAGACCGAGGGAUACGAGCAUCAAAUCCAAGCUCAGGUUCAGGAGAUGAAUCUGAUCCGCGAAAAGGUUUACCAGAUGGAGCAGACGCAAAUCAGCCUCAAGCAGAAGUAUGAUGACGAGAUCAACCUGUUGCGCCGCCAACUGGAGGCCCGUGGAGGCCCGCCCGGUCACUUGAACCCACCUUCUCAACAUGUCGGCCCGCCGCAGCAGCCGCCCCAGAUUGGCAACCCGGGAGCCAAUACUAUCAUUGGCGCUAUCCUUUCGGGCCAAGCAGUCGGCCAAGGUGGCCUGGCCCCUCCGCCGCACCCACCGCAGCAGGAACAGCAGCCGCCGCACAUGCCUCCGGCUCCUCCUGGAUUGCAGGGUCCCCCGCCUCCGCCGCCUCCGCCGUCUCAGCAGCCUCCGUUCCAGCAGCAAUAUCCGCAGGGGCCUGCCCCGGGUGGUUUUCCUCCCCAACCCCCCCAAAGCACGGCAUCGCCGGGGCCCGGUAGCAAGCGAGCCAUCGGUAGACCGCCGGCGGGUGGCCCGGCCACUCCUCAGAUCAAUACUCCGGUCCCCUACAAUGGCCCUGGCCAGUCUCCGCAAGUUCCGACCCAUCCGACCCCAGAUCAUGCUCGGAUGGUGCAGCAUCCUGCUCCGCCUCCUCCUCAGACCAACUCCCUGGGCGAUCUCGACGUCGAGCGUCUUCCGAACCACAUCAAGAAGGUCAGAGACGAUUGGUGGGCCAUCUUCAACCAGCAUGUGCCCCGUGUCCUGGAUGUUGAGCUUGUCCACACCCUGCAGCAUGAGAGUGUUGUAUGCUGCGUGAGAUUCAGCCAUGACGGCAAAUAUGUUGCGACUGGGUGCAACAGAUCCGCCCAGAUUUACGACGUCGCCACGGGUGAUAAGAUUUGUGUCCUCCAGGACGAGAGCAUUGAUUUGAAUGGAGAUCUAUACAUUAGAAGCGUCUGCUUCAGUCCCGAUGGCAGGUACCUCGCUACCGGCGCCGAAGACAAGCUGAUCCGAGUCUGGGACAUCCAAGCAAGACAGAUCCGUAACACGUUCCAUGGCCAUGAGCAAGAUAUCUACUCACUCGACUUUGCGCGUGACGGACGCACCAUUGCAUCCGGCAGCGGCGAUAGGACCGUUCGGCUGUGGGAUAUCGAGACCGGCCAGAGCACCAUGACGCUAAGCAUAGAGGACGGUGUCACGACCGUAGCCAUUUCUCCCGACACCAAGUUCGUCGCUGCCGGCUCUCUUGACAAGAGCGUCCGGGUUUGGGACAUCAAGUCCGGUUUCCUUGUCGAACGGCUCGAGGGCCCAGACGGUCAUAAAGACAGUGUCUACAGCGUCGCUUUCUCGCCCAACGCCCGCGAACUUGUCAGCGGAAGCUUGGACAAGACGAUCAAAAUGUGGGAGCUGACGGCCUCACGGCCGAUGCCACAGCAGCAGCCUCUCAAGGGAGGGCGGUGCAUCAAGACGUUCGAGGGCCACAGGGACUUUGUCCUUAGCGUGGCGCUGACCCCCGACGCCGAGUGGGUCCUGUCGGGAUCCAAGGACCGUGGCGUCCAAUUCUGGGACCCCCGCACCGGCCACACGCAGCUCAUGCUGCAGGGCCACAAGAACUCGGUCAUUUCGGUCGCGCCCAGCCCUGUGCCCACGCCGACCGGGGGCUUCUUUGCUACGGGGUCCGGAGAUAUGAGGGCCCGCGUCUGGUCGUAUACCCGCUUGGACCGGAGACCGUAG